ACGUCAAUUUAUCAAUUUCAAUCCCCCCUAAUGUCUUUCUUCAGCUAUUUUUUUUUUCAAAUUUCAUUUUUUUCUCUCUUAUCAAUAUCCAUUUGAGAAGUUGAAGACUUUUCCAUUUUUGUAUAGCCAUGGCUUCCGAGAACUUCAACGAUAAAAACGUUGCUUUUCGGAAGCUCAAGUCUAAGCCUGAAAAUAAGAUGUGUUUCGAUUGCAAUGCUAAGAAUCCAACUUGGGCAUCGGUGACGUAUGAGAUCUUCUUGUGUAUUGAUUGCUCUGUUGUUCAUCGCCGCCUUGGCGUUUAUAUCAGGUUUGUUAGCCAAAAAAUGCCACUUUCGACGAUGGGUGGGAUGGUGGCUUCAAUUGGACUCACCGAUUUUGACGUUUUUUGAUGAAUUUUUGAUGGAGGGAGGGUCUAUCCGACGAAUUUCACCGUGACAGUGACUGGCAACGACAGUAAUGGUGUUUUACUGGCAAGUAUUAGCCUAGACCAUUCAUGUAUUCGUAAAAUAGAUAUGAAUAUAAUGUAAUAUAAGUAUAAUAUGUAUUCUAUAAAUACAAAUUGCUACUAUUUUGAAAUGUAAAGUAUAUACAUGUCACA